CAACCUUUGUUAUAUCAUAGCAUAGUCGCCUAUGAGGGCAUCUAUCAUGGCGGUGGCGUCAACGAAGAAAAAGAGCGUCUUUGUUGACAGGGUAACAUGUGGAGUAAAGGUGAAACAGAUUGCUUUUAUGGGGAUUAUAUGUACAAUUAUGUUUUUAAUUGUGUAUAGGACCACUAACUAUCAGUAUCAACAAACAGAGAUGGAGUCGAAAUCGGAUCCAUUUUAUUCUUCAAAGGAUUCUGAUGUAGAUAUUACACAUUUGAACAGUUUGCCUCGUGGUAUUAUCCAAGCAAGUUCGGAUCUAGAGUUAAAGCCUCUUUGGUCUACAAGUAAUUCAAAGUCCAAGGGUAGUGUUUCUAGUUCUCGUAACCUGUUGGCAAUGGCAGUUGGUAUUAAACAAAAGAAAAAUGUUGAUACUCUUGUCCAAAAGUUUCUUUCAGAGAAUUUUACAGUCAUCUUGUUUCACUAUGACGGACAUGUUGAUGGCUGGUGGGACCUCCAAUGGAGUAAAGAAGCCGUUCAUAUUGUUGCAAACAACCAAACUAAAUGGUGGUUCGCAAAGCGGUUCUUACAUCCUGCUGCUGUUUCCAUAUACGAUUACAUUUUCCUUUGGGAUGAAGAUUUGGGCGUGAAGAAUUUCCAUCCUGGAAGGUACCUUGAAAUCGUGAAAUCAGAAGGACUUGAGAUUUCCCAGCCAGCUUUGGACCGGAACUCAACUGAAAUACAUCAUAGAAUCACAAUAAGAAGCAAGAGAAAAAGGUUCCACAGACGAGUGUAUGAUAGCAGAGGUAGUACAAAAUGCUCAGGUGAAAGCGAAGGUCCUCCAUGCAGUGGAUUUGUGGAAGGAAUGGCUCCAGUCUUUUCAAUAUCUGCUUGGGUGUGUGCUUGGCAUCUUAUACAGAAUGACCUUGUUCAUGGAUGGGGAAUGGACUUGAAACUUGGUUAUUGUGCACAGGGGGACCGAACCAAAAAAGUCGGAGUAGUUGAUAGUGAAUAUAUCGUCCACCAGGGCAUUCAAACAUUAGGAGGGCCAUCUCUGAAGAAGCGUUCAAAUCUUGAAGAGUCUACAAAGAGACACGUUGUUGACGUGCGAUCUGAGAUUCGACGACAGUCGAUGUAUGAGCUACAAAUAUUUAAGGAUCGUGUUCCUCCAGCAACAAACUCAAGACUUUCACCCCUUCCGCAUGAACCUGCUGAUUUCUAUGAUCGUGAUGUGCCUGUUGAUAUUCCUCUUGAUAGUUCUACGGACUUGAAAAAGAAAGAGAAGGAACUACAGGCUAAGGAAAAUGAAUUGCGAAGGAGGGAACAGGAACUGAGACGAAAAGAAGAGGCUGCUGCAAGAGCUGGCAUUGUUAUUGAGGCGAAAAAUUGGCCUCCAUUCUUCCCAAUCAUCCAUCAUGAUAUUGCAAAUGAAAUACCAGUUCAUUUGCAAAGGCUGCAAUAUGUUGCGCUUACUACCUUUUUGGGAAUUUUUGCUUGCCUUUUGUGGAACAUCAUUGCUACCACUACAGCAUGGAUUAAAGAAGGAGAUGUAAAGAUCUGGUUCCUUUCAAUUAUUUACUUCAUAUCGGGGGUUCCAGGAGCCUAUGUACUGUGGUAUCGUCCUCUUUAUCGUGCUUUCAGAAAUGAGGGUGCUAUGAAGUUCGCAUGGUUUUUCUUGUUUUACUUGCUUCACAUUGCAUUCUGCAUCUUUGCGGCUGUUGCUCCUCCAGUAGUUUUCCGAGGAAAAUCACUUACAGGCAUUCUACCUGCAGUAGAUCUCAUCGGCAAACAAGUUCUUGUUGGGAUUUUCUAUUUCAUCGGUUUCGGGCUAUUUUGUCUAGAGUCUGUGCUGAGCAUAUGGGUUAUUCAGCAAGUAUACAUGUAUUUCCGUGGAAGUGGUCAAGCUGCAGAGAUGAAACGCGAAGCUGCAAGAGGGGCGUUGAGGGCAGCAAUAUAAUGGUGUGGUAACAGAUGUAAGAUUUGGUCACUUCAGUCAGUCAGGCAGAUAUGAUUUGUUUCCAUAUGUUUUUUCAUAUAUGUAUAUGUCUUCAUUUUUACUACUCUGACCACUAUGGUUUUUAGAAAAAAUUAUAGAGAUCAUCAUAUUUCUGGUCAAAAACAAUCCUUGUGCAUGUAAAUCACCUUUCUUGACCUUGGCCUUUCAGUGUUUGGUCACAGAAUUUUUACAG